UAAAAUAAAUAAUUUAAUUAAAAUUAAAUCUGGAGACUCGCAAUAUGGGUGUCAGUGCAAAAAUUACUAUAUUACUUUUUACAUUUUCCGUGGCUUCUUCUUUACCAGUCGGUGACCACAGCACAGCUUUCAGCAUUAAAGAUGACGCAGAAGACCUCGCAGCUGAAUCAUCAGAAAUUGUAUCUAAAGCAGUACUCCCCCCGCAAGAUUACCGAAAAACGGAAAAGGACCAAAGCCAAGCUGCAAGCGAAACAGAUCAUUCAAUCGAUGUUGUAGGCGAUUCACAAAAUUUCUUCCCGUCUUUUGCUAAUCUUUUUGAGCCACGACAACAUAACAAUUAUAGAGUAGGCGUCGGAAGCCAAGAAGCAGCUUACAGUCAAAGACCCAAUUCUUUCAGAUCUCUUCUAAACUAUCCCAUAUUUGGAGGUUUUAACAGGAACGUCGAAACUUUUGGUAAACAAUCCGCUGUGUCUUCAGCUCCACUUAUCGAUACGAGUCCCAGUGUACUCGGAUCAGGAAACUUUGGAAUUAUAAGAGGCGGCACUUUCUUUGCUCAGAAUGACGAAGAUCAUGAUUUCGGUGAUAGCUUUAGUUCUUAUUACAACAAUGGCCACGGAAGACCGUCUUCCGGCAUCGGAUACAUUGCCAAUCCAAAACCGAAUUACCACCAAGAUCAAUUUGCAAACUUCAGAGAUUUCGCCGAUAUUAAUGCCCCAUCAAAUUCCGCGUAUUCACAUUAUGUCGUAGUAUACGCCAAUAAAAAUGGUACGAUGGAUGAAAUCAGUGAAGAAACAAGGAAUGUUAUGUCUGAACCAAGAAACAUAAUCGAGACUUUGGAAAGAUUGGAUAAUGUGAAGAUUCCAGUAAAAAUUUCAAAGAGUAAGGCGAAACUAGACGCUACAAAACAAAAGAUGGUCAGUAAAAAGGAUCAGUGGAAGAAAACGAAUUCGAAAUAUAUCAGCCAAAAGCACGAAAUUGAAGAACCGUUAUUAGCGUUAAGUUAAAUCUAGUUUAGAUUAAUAUAAAUAAAGACUUAUUAAGUGAAACUAGUGAUAGAUUAAUAAUAGGUGACACUUGGUCACUAAUCGUUGUGACAAAAGAAGCUCACUCUCAAAAUUUUCGUAGGAAUGUUGUCUACGAUUGCGUGUUAUGUCGACUGGUUUUUUGUAUGCUGAUAGG